AUGUUGGCCAACUGUCGUGUAGCCAAAUUCCAACGCUCAAUUUCGGUCACUGCAUUCCAGUUGCAAAAUCUGAAGGGAGAAGCCUUAAAGAAACCGAUGCCAGAAGAGGAGAAGCCCGCAUCGCCAACUCCAGUAGGUUUGACCCCAUCGCAGCGCAAUUUGGUUGAGUUCGUAACCGGCGAAAUACUGGAAGAACGCCGCGUACAGUUGCAGUUGGAACCGCCGUACAUGAUUGACGAGUUUACUGGACAUUUUUCUGGCUCCAAGGUGGAGCUAAUAAGAGAGUCACCUGACGAACGCAUUAAUAUUUUCUUUAAUGUUAGCAAAAGUGUGCCGCGUCGGAAUGAUGAGACAGGCGAUCUGACUCCACCGUGCGCCUUUGAUGAUGUGGAGCCGGAGUCCUUGGAUCAGCAGCCUCAAGAAAAUGAUGUAUUUGAGAUUCAAGAUCUAUCGCUAUACAAUCACGGCUGGAAUGACAGCUGCUUUACCAUUGAUGCAUCGCUCAUUGAUGACAAUUUACAAACCAUGAUUCUGGAGAUGCUUGAAGAGAAGGGCAUUACGCAUGAGUUUGCUAGAAAGCUUUCCGACAUGGCCACUGCUCGCGAGCAUGCCCUGUAUAUCGAGUUUUUGGAGAAUCUAUCCAAGUUUACUGUGGGCCUACCGCAGCCAAUUAAACAGGACGCAAACUAA